AUGCCUGCAGAUAGGCUCUUGUCGACCCUCCUCAGGUCACUUCAGACCUAUACCGACCAGCAAGACACACCACGACUUCUUUCCACCGCCGCACACCUCCUGGCCACUCUUUCGAACCCUCAUAACAUCUCUCUCCUCACCUCACAGCUCCUGACAGCCCCAGCUCUAUGGACGCACCCCACCGGUCUCGAGACCUGCCUCCGCAUCCUCUCCGUCUUCCACUCGGCAGCCGGCAUCCUAGUCCGACACCACAACAACAUCCAAACUGGCGAAACACCGACCUCGAUCCCAGGUCAGAUAUCGCAUUUAAGCCUUGACGACUGGGCGCGCGCAGUAGUGCGUGGUGCGGACGAGCGGAGUGCGCGAUGGAAGCAUCUACUUGUGCUCGGCGGACUCUUGAUAGGUCUGGGCAACGGAGACGAUUUUGAGAUUGCAAAGGGCAUUCGGGGAACGAUAGAGGGUGCCUUGGUGCGGGCUGUGAACCUAUCGUUGGUGGAGCGGGAUGAUUUCGGGGUCUUGACGGUUGCGUUGGUGACGAAUCAUGCGUUUCCGCUGAUAGGGGAUCUCGAGAGGGCGCAGUUGGAUUAUGAUAAACUACUACCAGUGUUGUUGGGCGCAGCAUUCUUCUCUAGUGAGGGUUACCAGUCGGCAUACUUCCUAGGCCCGAUCGAUCCGGACGUCGUUGAGGUGCCCAAUGCAAGGAGAUUCAAUUGGCUGGCUUCUUCCCCGUCUUUCGUCCAAAUCGAAAAGACAUUGUCCCGACCCCUGGUUUCGGCCAUGGGACCAUUAUCACGAUUGAUAGCUCAUGCUGUCGAAAAUGUCCACAACCCAUGGCUUGUUCAGACUCUGAUGGAAGACUUUGUUAGAUUCUCCCAAAUAUUGUUAAAGCAGUGGAGAAACACCAAGCUUUCACAGAUUGAUACUUCCGAAGAAGCUGCAUUCUUGCAUGAGGAUGCUUUAAAGUCCACCAUCCCACAGUUGUGGAAGCUACUUCGGUCGUCUCUUUUCGCUACGACGAUCGUGCUCAGAAGCGUACUCGGCAGAAUACUAGGUGAUGGUCAUUUAGCUUCAGACUCGGUCGCCCCUGUCCUGGCAACACAAACCCUCCACAUUCUCCGUAACUUGUACUUUGUCUCCUCACGCCUCGGCGCUAAUUCCUUCUCGCAAUAUACAUUCACCUACCUUACGGCCAUGGACAUCCUCGCCCAGUACCCCCACGUGGCAGACUCCUUUACUAAAGAGAUCCGCCCCCUAGAACUCGGCCAGAUUCCCAAAAAUCCUCUUGACCGCACCCUCGACCUCUUCUUCCUCAACACCUCGGAGCACUUCACACUCAUCCUUCCUUCGCAAACAAACGAGGAGCUUCUGGUCGCAGCCGCAACACCUUAUCUGGCGGCCGGCGGGAACCGCAACCUUCUACCUAUCUUCGAAGCCGCACACAGCGUCAUGCUCGCUGUGCUAUCGGCCCCUCAGUCAGCGCAAAUCACGGCGAAACACCUCCCGUUCUACGUUGAUGCACUAUUCAAAGUCUUCCCUGAAUCCCUCUCACCCCGCCAAUUCCGUGUUGCCUUCAAAACGCUACUACGCGUCACAGCACCACCAAGUCCUCUAUCCGCAACACAGCCAGACCUACCCGCUAUCCUCCUAGAGCUCAUCCACGAACGCGCGCUCCACGCACCCACACAGCCCCUGCCCGACGACAUCGCAUCGCCCACGCCCGAACGUGCAGACGAAGGGAACGCCAUGCCCCCUCUCUCCGAACAAUCAAUCUUGAUAAUGACACUCCUGGACAGUCUCCCGUUCCUGCCCAUCCCUCUUCUCGAGGAGUGGCUCCCUCUCUGCGCCGACCUCGUCAACACAGUUGGCGACAAAGCUAUGCGGGACGUCUGUCGGAACAGGUUCUGGGAAGUCUUGAUUAGCGGCGAGAUGGAUCCUGAGCGCAGCCAGACUUGUGUUGCGUGGUGGGGCACGAUGGGCGGAAGGGAGAGGCUUUUGUAUGGGGAUCGUGGUGGGGAGGAGAACGGGCCGUUUAUGAGUGGUGCGUUGCAGGAUGGGCCUGGGUCGAGGGAGAGUAAGCUUUGAUGGGGAUGGUGUUCUUGAUGUGCAUCGUCUGUCUGGGCUGGAGAGUGGUCUAGGAAUGCUUGGAUAUGUGCGUAGGAUUGGCACAGCGGCUUCGAACGGACG